GGAGGGGGGGGGGGAGUCGCUCGAAAGACGUCGCUUAAACAGACUCAUAAUAAUAUAACCUAGAUCCACAAAUAAUUGGAAAUAAUUGCCUCAUAUGAGAAAUGUUGUAAAUGAUAACCACGUUAUUAUUACUCUAGGUGCCGUCUUUUAGCGUACACAACAUAAACAGUUGAAAACAUUUAUUAGAAGAAAAAGUUAUUUUCCACUGAACUAUGGCAGCUGUAAAUCUCAAGUCGCUCAGCUCAAAGGAAAUAAUUGAGUUCUUCAAUUCAUUCGAUACAGUAUUAACAGAUUGUGAUGGAGUUUUGUGGAUGGAAAUGACACCAUUGUAUCAUUCUGCAGAGGUAAUGAAUACCUUUCAGGAACUUGGAAAAAGGGUAUUCUAUGUAACGAACAAUAGUACAAAGACAAGGGAAGAGUUUGCAGAAAAAUGCAAACUGCUAAAUUUUAAAGCAAGCGAGGAAAACAUUUUAUGCACAUCUCACCUUGCCGCUAACUACUUGAAAAACAUAUCUUUUAAUAGGAAAGUCUAUGUUAUUGGGAAAUCUGGUAUCACUAAGGAGCUGGAGAAGGUUGGCAUUGCUCACUGCGGGACAGGUCCAGAUCCCAUGGGCAAUGACCUGACUACCCUCUCAAUUGAGAAAGAUCCAGAUGUUGGUGCAGUGAUCGUAGGCUACGAUGAGCAUUUCAGCUACCCUAAAAUGGUGAAAGCAGCCUCUUACUUGGCAGACCAUGAUGUUCACUUCAUUGGAACCAACACAGACGAGCGUUUCCCAACAUCGAAAAGCAUAGUAAUGCCAGGUACCGGCAGCUUUGUGCGCUGCAUCGAGACCUGCUCUGAGCGCAAAGCGACGAUCAUGGGGAAGCCAGAGCCGUAUGUGGCGGACAUGAUCAAACAGAAGUACAACGUCGAUCCUAAGCGCACUUUGAUGAUUGGCGAUCGGGCAAACACUGACAUUCUUCUGGGUACUCGUUGUGGCUUCAAAACUCUUUUAGUCCUAUCGGGAGUCACCCACCUAGAGGAGGUUGAAAAGUGGAAACAGUCAACUAGACAAGAGGAUCGAGACCUCGUGACCGAUUACUACAUCGAUACGCUGGGAGAUCUGUAUCCGCACUUGCAGAAGUUGAAGAAAGAGCAGAAGGCUCAGUGCGAAAUUGCUCGUUGCGCAAAAAGGAUGGCGGUCUGCAAGUACCUCAAGGAUCUCAGCAAGGGAGAGUUUAGGAAGUUUUUGGAGUCGUUCGAUGCCGUGCUUUCCGAUUGCGAUGGUGUCCUGUGGCGCGAACACGACGUGAUCGAGGGUUCGCCGGAGACGGUCGUUAAAUUCAGAGAGUUGGGUAAAAAGUUUUUCUACAUCACAAACAACAAUAGCAAGACGAGGGUUGAGAUACUGGACAAAAUUAGGAGUCACACCUACGACGCGAAACUGGAAGAAAUUUUGUGUUCAUCGUAUCUGGCAGCGAUUUAUCUCAAGCAGCUGAAAUUUAAGAAAAAAGUUUACCUGGUCGGAAGUGAAGGAAUCUCACAGGAACUCGAUGCUCAAGGUAUCGAGCACGUCGGUCUUGGUCCGGAUGUAACAGAGGGCGACGAAUUGGAUAUACUAUUUAAAUUCAAACCCGACUCUGAGGUUGGCGCCGUCGUCGUUGGCUUUGACAGACACUUCAGCUAUCAGAAGAUAGUCAAGGCUGCGACCUAUGCAUAUGAUAAGAAUAUACACUUUAUUUGCACGAAUCCGGAUGUCGAGAGGCCGUCUCCUAAUACGAUUCGCUACCCAGGCGCCGGUUGCUUUUUGAGUGCCAUUGAAAAAAUUGCCAAAAGAAGUGCCAUAAUUGUGGGAAAACCCGAGCCCUUCGUCAGCGAAGUCAUCAAGAAGAAAUACGGCGUCGAUCCUGCCCGAACGCUCAUGAUAGGCGACAAUCUCAACACGGACAUCCUGUUGGGCCAACGAUGCGGCUUCACGACCCUCCUGGUGAUGUCCGGCAUCACGACGCCAGAGGAGCUUGCAAGCAUAAAAAAGAAUCCUAAGGGAUCGCCAAUCCUUCCUAACUUCUACGCCGACCAACUGUCCGACAUUCUCAACUGCCUGCCGUCACGUCCCUAG